CAGAUGCGCAAGUAACCACGGAAGCGACACGGUCUGGCGUCCUUGGUUUCUAACAGUCUUUGGCAAAACUACAUCAGCUACGGUCACGUAUCCUAUCACCGGGAAAUCGGGAAAGUUGGAGUCAUGCUGACGGGCGUUUGAGAAGGCGCACGGACACUGUUCGUUUAAUUGCAGAAUAAUUGCCCAGCAGUAAUAAAAGUCUCCGUUCCUGUUUAUGGACCGAAUUCUCCGGAUUGUACGUGGAUAUUCCGCCAUGAGCUACACCAAAUAAUGUGGCCCUUAACGUAAAGGAUUCAUCAACACUUCUUCCCCGGCGCUGGUUUGAGUGGGGCCACUCACUCCCGUGUGCGCGGGGCUCCCGUUAGGGCUGUCUCCCGGGAUAUCUGGUGUCUGUGGGUGCACCACCAUGUCGGUGGUGGUGAUGUUACUCUCUUGGCUUACCGGUUUCCAGCUUUGAGAGAGUGAGAGAGAGAUAGCGCGCGCGUGUGUGUGUGUGUGAGAGAGAGAGAGAGAGAGGGAGAGAGAGAGUGGGAGAGAGAGAGGGAGAGGGGUGAACCGGACAGCGGGAAUCCAUCCGAAUUCCGUCUUCAAGACUUGUAGGAUUACUGCUCAGCGCGCCAUGAUCCUGAUUAAUAUCAUCAGUUUAAUGUUUCUGCUGGAUGUGUGUGUCUGUGUGUCGGAGCUGGGCCCUCCUGGAUGGCGGGAACCUCUGGACUGCGUUCGAGCCUCUGAACUCUGCAACCAGAACAGCCAGUGCAGCUCACGGUACCGGAUCAUGCGCCAGUGCCUGUCUGGUGGCGACAAAGAGCGCAGCACCAUGCUGGCUUCCAAGGAGUGCCAGGGGGCACUGGAGGUGCUGCAGGACUCUCCGCUCUAUGAUUGCCGCUGCAAGAGAGGCAUGAAGAAAGAGCUGCAGUGUCUGCAGAACUACUGGAGUAUUCACAUGGGCCUGACGGAGGGGGAAGAGUUUUAUGAGACAUCUCCCUAUGAGCCAAUCCAUUUCUCUGAGGAAUUCAGACAUGCCUCCAUAAUCUCAGAUUCAUCUUUGUCGAAGGUGACUCCUUGCUCUGAAGGGGGAAAGUCUUGUAACCCAUGUCUGGAUGCAGCCAAGGCUUGCAAUCUCAACGACACAUGUAAACGUCAACGCUCCGCCUACAUUGCGAUCUGCACCAAGGCGACCCCCCCGCAGUCCUCUUUGGCCAAUCAGGAGCCUUGUAGCCGGAAGCGAUGUCAAAAGGCCCUGCGCCAGUUUUUCGAGCGGGUGUCGUGGGAGCUGAGCUACCCUUUGCUGUUUUGCUCCUGCCAUGACCAGGCCUGUGCUGAGAGGCGUAGACAGACCAUCGUCCCAGCCUGUUCCCACCAAGAGAGACACAAACCCACCUGCAUCGAGCUGCGACGCACCUGCAGAUCGGACGCCCUCUGCAGGUCUCGGUUGGCUGAUUUUCACAUGAACUGCCAGGUAACAUCGCACACUGUCACCAGCUGCCCACAUGACAACUACCAUGGCUGCCUCAUGGCUUAUGUUGGCCUCAUUGGCUCGGAUGUUACUCCAAACUACAGUGACAGCAGUCCUUCCAAUAUUACCAUCAGCCUGUGGUGUACCUGCAGGGGCACUGGCAAUCAGGAGCACGAGUGUGAUGCUUUCCACCGGGACUUCACACACAACACCUGCCUCAAAAACGCCAUCCAGGCAUUUGGCUACGGCUCGGAGGGAGGGCCUCUGACCGUGACCGAGCCACAGGCCACUUUCUUCCCCCCUGCCCAACCGCCAAUCAUCUCCAAGCCCGCCCCCUCUCUACACGGCAACGCUAUCAAACCCAUGGACAGUGCUUGUGUGUUCUCCACUUGUGCCAACCUGCAGGAUGGAGGGCAGAAGUGCAUCCCCUCAGAGGACUUUGAGUGUGAGGAGGCUUUAUUGGCCCAGGGGUCCAUAAACUCUCAGGACACCGACGGAGUGAAAAGCAGCGCCCAGAAAUCAGCCCCACCCUUCCACCACAUCUGCGCGACUGUGUCUGUGUCCAUUCUGGCAAAGUUGCUACUUUAGGUCCUGUAAAAUGUGAACACGCAGACAGCCACACACACACACACACACACACACACACACACACAUGCACACACGCACACACACAUACACACACACACUCUUUCUCGCUUCCCUCCUGAGCCGCAAGACCUAUCUCCAUCCACAGAAAGUCAUGUGACAUCACAUCCUCCACUACCGGAAAAUGUCAACCAACAGACAGCCAAAAAAUCAACAACAAUCUUUUGAGAAGUGGAAGUCUUUUCAGAGGAGGUUCAGCGCUGAGAUUAGCAGUCUCUCUCCACCACCGCAUUCACACAGAGACAAUAAAUGAGAAGAAAGUGAGAGCAAAAAAAAAAAAAAAGCAAGACUGUGUGUA